AUGGCUGGAGGAAAUCAACAAGGCAAUGGAAUCAAUCAACUCUCAAACCCAUGGGGUUUGUAUGUUGAUGAUGAUCAAACAAUCUAUGUUGCUGAAUGGUCGAAUCAUCGUAUUGGGGAAUGGAAACAAGGUGCAACGAAUGGCCAAGUGGUUGCCGGUGGAAACGGACAAGGAAUCUCAUCAUAUGCGAUUCUUGGAAUGGAAGAGUGGUUCGAUGGUCUCGUCGAAAUGGGACAAGUGGAGAAACAAUCAUCUCCAACAUCUUAUGUGGGUUUGACAAUGGAUGAGAAUGGAUCUCUCUAUGUCACUGAUGGUGGAAAAACUGAAGUGAGACGAUAUCGAAGAGGAGAAUCUCAAGGAACAGUGGUUGCAGGUGGCAAUGGACGUGGAAAUCGUCUCGAUCAACUCUUUUAUCCCGAACACGUGUUCGUCGAUCGAGAUCAUUCAGUGUACGUAUCUGACGGGGACAAUCAUCGUGUGAUGAAAUGGAUGGAAGGUGCAAAACAAGGCAUUGUCGUGGCUGGUUGUCAAGAAGAAGGAAAUGGUCUUACACAAUUGUCAUAUCCUGGAGGAAUCGUUGUCGAUCAAUUGGGCACUGUCUAUGUGGCUGAUCGAGGGAAUAAUCGAAUCAUGCGUUGGCCUAAAGGAGCCACACAAGGAAGUGUCAUUGUUGGUGGAAACGGUAGUGGAGAACAAUCGAACCAACUCAAUGAGCCCAUCGGUUUGUCAUUCGAUCGACACGGGAAUAUUUAUGUCGUCGGUUUCGGAAAUCAUCGAGUUCAAAAAUUCGAACUUCAAUCGAACCCAAAUUGA